AUGGCACUAGUGCCGUUUAUACAUUGCCUAAUCUUCAAAUAUUUGUCUUUGCCUUCUUGCAAUGUCAGCGAAUUCCCUCAAUUCUUAAGAGGCUCAAAAAGUUCGCAAUAUUUAGACCUUUCCAAUAAUAGUUUGAGCGGAAAUGUCUCCUCUCUAAUUUGCAAAAUGACUUCUCUUCAAUUUCUUGACUUGUCUCACAACAACUUGAGUGGAAUCAUUCCCCAUUGUUUGGGAAAUUUAAGCGACAGUCUUUGGAUGUUGAAUCUACAGAUGAACAAAUUUUAUGGAAUCAUUCCUCCAACUUUUACAAAAGGAUGUCAAUUGAAAAGUCUCAACUUAAAUGGCAAUCAAUUAGAAGGGCCUUUAACACGAUCCAUCCUUAAUUGUAGAGGUCCGGAAGUGCUAGAUCUUGGUGACAACAAGAUCAAUGUUACAUUUCCUCAUUGGUUGGGAAGUCUUCCAGAGCUACAAGUUCUUGUAUUGCGGUCAAAUCAACUGCACGGUUCCAUACAAGACAAUAGGUCCGGUCUUUCUUUUUCCAAAAUCCAAAUAUUUGAUAUCUCGAGCAAUUCUUUUUCUGGAGCACUCCCUGUGAGAUAUCUAAAAAAUUUCAAAGCUAUGAUAAAUCUGACUAAAGAUGAAAGUGCAAUGCAAUACAUAGGGUCGAGUAAUGGUUAUGAUCUUAGAUUCUGUAGCUACUCUAUUGGAAUUGUAAUAAAAGGAGUAGAAAUGGAAGUGGUGAAAAUUUUCACCAAGUUAACGACCAUUGACCUUUCAAAUAAUAAGUUUCGAGGAGAGAUUCCAAAGGUUAUUGGAAACCUUAACUCACUCAAGGGGCUUAACCUUUCUCAUAAUAACCUUAGUGGAUCCAUCCCCACUUCAAUAGGGAAUUUGAUUGGUCUUGAAUGGCUGGACCUUUCUUCAAACAAGCUGGUUGGGACAAUUCCAGAGAGAUUGCUAGAUCUGACAUCUCUUUCUGUUUUUAAUGUUUCUGAAAAUCAUCUUCAAGGUCAGGUUCCUCAAGGGAAACAAUUUAACACUUUUGAAAAUGAUUCAUAUGAUGGAAACGAGGGAUUAUGUGGAUUUCCGGUCUCUAAAGGUUGCAGCAACAGUAAGCCACCACCUUCAAACUUGCUAGAAGAAGAUUGCUCGAAAUAGAACAUUGCUUUUGGUUGGAAUGUAGUGUUGACAGGUUAUGGAUGUGGAGUUGUCAUUGGAUUGGUAAUGGGAUAUGUUGUUUUUCAAACUGGUAAGCCAAAAUGGAUUGUGGCUUUGGUUGAAGACCGACAUCAUAAGAGGCAAGAAAGGUCAAAGAUUGGCGAUCGCAAUGGUGGAGGAAGAAGAAUCUAGUCAGUGCAAAUAAUG